AUGGUGGUCUGGAGGGCGGAGGGGGCUGGCGAGGAGGUGCGGCUAGGCGGGAAGCGGGGGUGGGAGAGCGAGGUGAGCAAGAUUGGGGCAUGGGGCGGCGUGUCGGUUGGGAAGCGGUCGGCGAGGUUCGGCGAAUGGAGAGUCGAGGUCGGGGCCGGGGAGGGCGUGGUCAUGGGCUUCCUGGUGGCGAUGGCAGAGUGCUUGGUCGAGCUCGGGGACGAGCAGUGGCUCCGGGAGUGGCGGAGGCGAAAGGUCGGAGAGGAGGAGUGA